AUGUCUACAGGCACAGAGCUCCAUCUACCUCACUUACCAGGGAACAGGGUGGCAGGUCAGGGCCUCUGCUGUGACGGCGGCUGGCAAGGCAUGCUGGCCUGCAGUUCCUACUGCCUCUGCUCCGCUCGCCGGGAAACUGGGGAAUGUCUAAAAGUAGUCGUAGCCCAGGCUGAGAAGAUCCCAACACUGGCAGAGCUGAAUCAACUGGGGUAUCUGGAGCCGAGAGGCCCUGAGGAUCGUGAGGAUCCCCACGAGUACUGCUACGGUGGCUAUCACCCAGUUGAAAUAGGAGACAUUUUCAACAAAAGAUAUCAAGUGGUGUCCAAACUGGGUUGGGGCUUCUUCUCCACUGUCUGGCUCUGCCUGGAUCUCAGAUCAGGGAGGCGUGUUGCAGUGAAAGUGCUGAAGAGUGGCACUGGCUUCACCCAAGCAGGCCAGGAUGAGCUAACCCUGCUACGCUGUGCCAGUGGUCCAACUGCUCGCCACCAAAUGAGCAAGCACAUUGUCCAGCUACUAGACGAGUUCAAGGUGGCAGGGAAGAACGGAGUCCACAUUUGCCUUGUACUGGAACUACUGGGGCCAGACCUGCGCUGCUGGCAAGUGUGUAUGGGCAACCCGGGCCUCUCCUUAAGCUGUGUCAAACGGGUCAUCACACAGGUUCUGGAGGGUCUGGACUACAUGCACACGCACUGCAAAAUCAUCCACACGGACAUCAAGCCCGAGAACAUCCUGCUGUGCUUGGAGUCGCAGUCCCACCUGCGCACAGCAGAGGGCGCAUCACACAAGUUUCUGGGCUAUGUGGCUACCGUGGAGAAUACUACAGGUACAGAGAAAUUCAACCUGGACAAAAUCACAGUGAAGAUAGCAGACUUGGGCAGCUCGUGUUGGGUGUACAAGCACUUUUGCGAGGAGAUCCAGACCCGACAGUACCGCUCCCUGGAGGUUCUGCUGGGCUGUGACUACGGAACACCUGCAGACAUCUGGAGCGUGGCCUGCAUGGCUUUUGAGCUUGUAACUGGUGACUCGCUGUUUGAGCCCAAAGGAGGGAAGAGCUUUUCACUUGAAGAAGAUCAUAUUGCUCACAUAAUUGAACUUCUCGGCAAGAUACCCCCUGCUAUUGCACUAUCUGGGAAAUAUUCCUUUGAGUACUUCAACAACAGAGGUGACCUGCGUCGGAUCGCUGUCCUGCGGCCGUGGAGCUUGUACGAGGUGCUGGUGGAGAAAUACCACUUCUCCCUGAGGGACGCGACUCUCUUUGCUGACUUUCUGCUGCGCAUGUUAGACUUCCUGCCGGAGCGACGGGCCACUGCCGCUCAAUGUCUCAAACAUCCUUGGUUCAGCUGCUGACAUUUGGGGCCUGGCACAGGACCCGCAGUCCGUCUCACAGCGCCCCAACACCGAGACGGAACU